AUGCCUGUCCAAAAUACCGAUACAACAGUUGUCUUGACUCAUCCACACAACAAAGAAACUUCUGUAACCAUCUUAAAGUAUGGUGCCACGGUAUAUUCAUGGAAGUUAAAUUCUGAAGAACAAUUAUGGUUAUCUACUGCCGCUAAAUUAGAUGGUUCCAAACCAGUCAGAGGUGGUAUUCCAUUAGUCUUCCCUGUUUUCGGUAAGAACGAAACUGAUGAAUUAUUAAGCAAAUUGCCACAACAUGGUCUUGCUAGAAACUCCACUUGGGAAUUUUUAGGUCAAACAAAGGAAAAUCCACCAACUGUUCAAUUUGGAUUGAAUGAAAAAAUUGCUAAUCCAGAAUUGACUGCCUUAUGGCCAAGAUCUUUCCAAUUGGUCUUGACCGUUGAAUUAGGUGCCGAUUAUUUGAAAACAGGCAUUGAAGUUGAUAAUACAUCUAACACAGAAGCAUUGAAAUUCAAUUGGUUGUUCCAUACUUACUUAAGAAUCGAAGACAUUGAAGAUACAAUGGUUUCUAACCUAGCCGGUAUGCAUCUUUAUGAUCAAUUGAUUAAGGAAAGUUUCGUUGAUAAGCAUCCAGUCAUUACAUUCCACCAAGAAACUGAUUGUAUUUACUCUAAUGUUGAUGCUGAUCGUAACAUCCAAGUGGUUAGUAGAGGUAAGCAGAUUCAUACCUUGAAAAGAGAAAACUUGCCGGAUGCUGUCGUUUGGAACCCAUGGGUUAAGAAAUCUGAAGGAAUGGGCGAUUUCGAACCAAAGAUUGGUUACAAGAACAUGGUUUGUGUCGAACCUGGCCAUGUUCACGAUUUCAUUGAGUUGGCACCUGGUAAGAAAUGGAAUGCUUCUCAAUUGCUAUAUAAGGAUGAAUUGAAAUACCAAGCCAUUCAAUAG